UGACCGUUACAGCAGUGAGUCUUGUGUCCAAACCCCUGGAGACACAGAAGAAUGUUCCUCUGGAGGAUCUGCACUGCCCUGGGGCUGCUGGCUGCCGUGGGUUACGCUAACCCAGCACCAAGGCCGUCUUUUCUUGUGACGUUCCCUGCAUCCAUAAAUUCUGGCUCACAUGCUAAAGUGUGUGUGAGCUUUUUAAAGCCCUCAGCUGAGCCCACUGUCAUGUCCAUCUACCUGAACCAUAAGGACAACAACACACUGCUGCUACAGGAGCCAGCAGACACUGAGUUCCACCGCUGCUUCCAGAUUCAGGCUCCUGUGGUGAUGACCAUGUCCGUCCAGAAGAUCCGUGUAGAGGUCAAGGGUCAAACGUUUAAUCUGAUGGAGGAAAGAAAAGUCCUAUUCAACCCCAAACCAGCUCCCAUCACCUUUAUUCAGACAGAUAAGCCUAUAUACACACCUGGCCAAACAGUGCAUUUCAGAGUGAUCUCAUUGGACACAAAGUUUAUCGCAGUUAAUGGAGAGUAUCCAGUUGUGGAACUUAAGAAUAGUGGAGGGACCAGGAUUGGGCAGUGGCUGAACUACUCGUCACAGGGCCAGAUCCUGGCUCUCUCCCACACCUUGAGCUCAGAAGCACCGGAGGGGGCCUACUUCUUCUACGUUUACACCAAUCAGGACCAUGCCACGGCGACCCAUGGCUUUAGAGUGAAGAAGUACGUGCUGCCUAAGUUUGAGGUAACAACAGACCAUCCCUUUGUGGUCAGUGUCGGCUUAGAUGUCCUCGAGCUAAAGGUGUGCGGAAAAUACACUUAUGGGCUGCCUGUACCAGGUUUGGUUUUAAUGGUUUUGUGCCGUCAUGCGAGAGCCUGGAUGCUGAGCCUGGGUGAAACCCUCAGUCCUCUGUGUCUCAAUGCUUCCCUGGAGAUGGGUGAUUCAGGCUGUGCUUCUCAUGUGUUCAACAUGACAUUUUUUACUGACAGUGGCUUUGCUACAAAGCUAGACGAUGCUCUUGAUUUCAAUGCCACAGUCAUUGAGGAGGAAACAGAGGUGAGCAAGUCCAUAACUGCAAGAAUCUGGAUUUCCUACUCCCUUGGAAGCAUCACAUUUGAAGAGACCCCAAACGUGUAUGAAUAUGGAUCAGUUGUGGAGGGAAAGAUCAGAAUGAGGCAUUUUAAUGGAACAAGUGUUGCAUAUAAGCCAGUCUAUCUGUAUUUACAUGCACACCAAGAGCCCCUGAUGAGCAUCACCACUGACUCUGAUGGACUGGCCAGUUUCUCUUUCCACACCGCUGCUCUCAAUAAGGACAACAUCCUCCUGUUUGCAAGGGUCCCCUUCUAUGACCAAGGAAUAUUUUGGGUUACAUUGCACAGGAAUCCAUCUCAGCUACCAGCCUCACACAGCUCUCUAUACAUCACAAGCCCAAACGAGCCUCUGAAGUGCCACACAGUUGCAACCAUUAGCAUUCGCUAUGUCUUCACUGGAGAGACCUUCACCACAGACACUGUGGACAUAAUUUACCUGGUUUUAUCCAAUGGUGAGAUUGUUCACCAUGGGUUUGUGAAGGCUCCAAUAAAGAUCACCCAAACUGUAGUUGAAGGCCAGGUGUCCUUCGAACUGCCUGUCACACCUGAGAUGGCUAAUUUCAUGGACAUUCUGGUCUACUGUGUCUUUCCCAGUGAGAUGGUCUUGGCAAAAAGCAAGCGAUUUCAAACGGAAAAGUGCUUCAGAAGCAAGGUGUCGGUGCAGUUCUCCCCCCCUAAAGCGGUUCCUGGAGAGGAGAGCUCCCUGCAGCUGUCAGCUCCGCCUGGCUCACUGUGUGGCAUCAGUGCUGUGGAUCAGAGCAUCUUUAUCCUGGAGAAAGGCUCACGCUUGGAUGCUAAUAUGAUGUUCGGCAUGGCACAGAGUCAGUUCCGUGGCAUUCCCUCUCAAGUUCAAGAUCGUUUUGACUGCCUUCACCUUAGACCUCGCCGAUCCUCAAUGGCCAUGCAAACCAGCAUCACAAAUGAUGCACACAGUGUGUUUGGGAGAUUAGGGCUUAAAGUGGCAUCAGACCUGCAUAUCCGCACACCCUCCUGUGUUGUCUACAGGGGCCACCAAUACACAUUAAUGGGUGCUGGUGAAUAUGAUCCUCCGGUGGCUGCUGCAGUUGGAGUAGCUUUCAACCCAGCUCAGACUAUUCGCACCUUCUUCCCUGAAACAUGGAUCUGGGAGCUUACAGAAGUUGGGGAGUCUGGAGAAGCACGAGUCCCUCUCACUGUCCCUGACACCAUCACCACCUGGGAGACUGAGGCUUUCUGCCUGUCCCCCCAGGGCUUUGGUCUGGCCCCACCAGUUCAGCUCACAGUUUUCCAGCCCUUCUUCCUGGAGCUCUCCCUGCCGUACUCCAUCAUCCGUGGAGAGACCUUUGAGCUCAAAGCAACAGUUUUCAACUACCAGCCCAAGUGCAUCAUGGUCACAGUGACUCCAGCCCCUUCAUCAGACUUCACUCUGACCCCCUCCUCUGAUGGCCAGUACUCCUCCUGUCUGUGUGCAAAUGUAAGGAAGACCUUCAAAUGGACACUGGUGCCCUCUGUGCUUGGUGUGAUGAAUGUGACAGUGAGUGCAGAGGCCGCCCAAUCUCAGACUCUAUGUGACAAUCAGCUAGUUACCGUACCAGAGAGAGGUCGCAUUGACACAGUCACUCGCCAACUCCUGGUUAAGGCAGAGGGAUCUCAGAAGACUGAGAGUUACAACUGGCUUCUGUGUCCAAAGGGGGGCGCUCUAACAGAGGAGGUGGAGCUGAAACUCCCUGCAGUUGUAGUGAUGGGAUCUGCCAGAGGCUCAGUGUCUGUGCUGGGAGACAUCCUGGGUCGUGCUCUGAAGAAUAUUGGCACCCUCCUGCAGAUGCCUUUUGGUUGUGGGGAGCAGAAUAUGGCCAUUCUCUCCCCAAAUAUCUACAUUCUGCAGUACCUACAGAACACUGGGCAGCUCACUGCAGACAUCAAGGAGAAGGCCACAAAUUUCCUCAAGAGCGGAUACCAGAGGCAGCUGAACUACAAGCACCGUGAUGGAGCCUACAGCACGUUUGGCAGAGGAGAUGGAAACACCUGGCUGACUUCAUUUGUGCUGAGGUCAUUUGGUAAAGCAAAGUCCUUCAUUUAUAUUGAUCCAACAAUUAUUUUGGAUGCAAAGAAUUGGCUUGAAAGCAGACUUCAACCAGAUGGUGUUUUCCACAUGCAAGGGAAACUCUUCCACAACAGAAUGAAGGGUGGAGUAAACGAUGUUGUUACAAUAACUGCCUACGUCACUGCAUCAAUGCUUGAGCUGAACAUAUCUGUUACGGAAAAAACCCUCACAUAUCUAAAGUCCUCCGUCAGUGACCUGUCCAACACCUACACCACUGCUCUACUGGCCUACACCUUCAGCCUCGUUGGAGAAGAGGACAUCCGAGCUGAGCUUCUGAAACACUUGGACAGUGUAGCAACCUCUGAGGGAAGUCUCCUGCACUGGUCUCAGUCCUCAUCAGAGAGAGCUGAUUCUCUGGCGGUGGAGAUGAGUUCUUAUGUGCUCUUAGCUGUUCUCACCAAACCCACACUGACUGUUGCUGACUUAGGCUAUGCUUCCAGGAUUGUCAGCUGGCUGGUGAAGCAGCAAAAUCCAUAUGGAGGCUUCUCUUCCACACAGGACACGGUGGUGGCACUGCAGGCUCUGGCUCUGUACGCCACCAAGGUCUUCAGCCCUCAUGGCUCCAGCACAGUGACAGUGCAGUCAGCAGGUGGCGACAAACACCAGUUUGAUGUGAACCAGCACAACACAUUACUGUACCAGGAGACAGCACUGCAGAACGUUCCUGGGAAGUACAGUGUAGAAGUGACGGGCUCUGCAUGUGCUUCUGUGGGGGUGGCUCUUUUCUACAACAUCCCCACUCCCACUGAGCACUCAACCUUGAGCAUUACGAUUCAAGCCAGGCCUCUAACUGAGGGAGAGUGCAACAAGGUCAAUGGACAGGCCUUCACAUUAAAUAUCACAAUCCAGUAUCAUGGGUCACAGGAGAGCACCAACAUGGCUAUAAUAGAUGUGAAAAUGUUAUCUGGUUUCACAGCUGACUCUGCCUCUGUUGAAAGACUACAGGGCGGCAUAGUGGACCGAGUCGAUAAGAAAGGUGACCACAUCCUUGUGUAUCUGUCACAGGUUCCAAAGGGAUAUCAUUUCUACUACGGAUUAAUCCUCAGACAAGACCACCCAGUGAGCAAACUUAAACCGGCCUUAGCCAAGGUGUAUGACUACUACCAACCCAGUGACCAAGCUGAGACUGAGUACUCCUCCCCCUGUGUAGCCUAGGAGAUGUCUGAAGAGUAUGGGCCAGGAUGCUACAUAAGAGGAUUGUCACUGUUAUGAUGCCAUUAUCUGAUUUCAACAUUAUGAAAUUGAAUUCAAGCGCUAGUAAAUCAUAAAAUAGUC